GUGGUCAAGAAUGACGUAGGGCAAGCCCUCUGACACUUGACAAGCUGCUUACCGGUACUUCCCUUGUCACCCCUAUCAGGUUGGUUAGUGAAAAGCGGUGAAGAUGCCGGACGCCGAUGGAAUCGAGCAGGGCCCGGCUGCUACGCCAGAGGACUUUGUCAAGGCUGUCGAAAAAAGGGAGUUGGCAAGGCUACAAGUACCAAAAAUUGACAUCUUCCACUUUGAAGGGGAAAGGGUGUCAAAAUGGCUGGAGCUCCUGGAACAGAUUACAGCUGAGGUGCCAGAAGCGGAUAAGUUCAAAUACCUACCUCGAUACAUCUGGUGGGAAAUUCAGCCUGAGAUAAUGAAGGUAGCUGCUGGAGCAGGGGGAGACUGGGCAAAGUUCAAGGCUGAAAUGCAAAGGCAGUUCAAGCUAGGAGAUGGCAUGCUGACAAAGACGGAUCUGGAGAUGCUACAGCGAGAUGAGUUCUCCACGGUGGGGGCAUUUGCAACAGCCUUCGAGAAGAUGGUGAAGAAAGUCCCAGGAUUGGCAGAAGAGGAACAGUGUGCUACCUUCCUGGGGGCACUUCAAAAAUUGGGAGGCCUCCUCGCUUACCAAGAAGGCUGCUCCAAGGAUACUUGGGCGGCCAUAAAGGAAGGCGUAAUUGACGGAGAACUGGACCAGGUAGACAUCUUCCAGAUGAGGCAGGCAAGGAAGAAAAGGAAGGCCUUAGACGCUACGACGAGUGAUGGGCGCGACUUCAAGAAAAUGAUAGAGGACGCGGUGGCCCAGCUCGACACAGAGAAGGAGGCAACGAGGAAAACUAUGGCGGCACCACAGACCCAAGGGAAAGAAAAAAAGGCGGUGGUGCAGGAAGAAGAAGAAGAGGAAGAGGACGAGGAGCCUGAGCCACAGAAGUUGACAAAGGCUCAGAGGAAGGCAAGGAACUUGGCUCAGGGGGGGCAAGGCUCAGGGACUGUCUCUUAUACACAUCUAGAUGUGUAUAAGAGACAGCCACAGACCCAAGGGAAAGAAAAAAAGGCGGUGGUGCAGGAAGAAGAAGAAGAGGAAGAGGACGAGGAGCCUGAGCCACAGAAGUUGACAAAGGCUCAGAGGAAGGCAAGGAACUUGGCUCAGGGGGGGCAAGGCUCAGGGAGGGGUCAGGUCCCGCAACCAAUAGCCAUGCCACCUCCUGAGUCGCCUAGUGAGCCACCCAACCCACCGCCUAACAAACCUCAGCAGUCAGCCCCACAAGGAUCGCAGGGCAACCAAGAGGGUGAACGUGGUCAGAAUCAAGGAUGGGGCCGAGGGCGAGGGAAUGGUGGCCGGGGAGGAAACGGCCGAGGGAAUGGUGGUGGUAACGCUGUAGGCGGGGGAAGCGACAGCUGGACAGCAUCCGGGAGUCAAGGUGGCCAGGAAGGUGGAAGAGGUGCUGGCAGGGGGAGAAUAGAUUGGAGGAACGUCAUUUGUUGGCACUGCGGGCAGAAAGGUCACACUAUUAAGUUCUGCCACGUAAGGAGGAAUGAUGAGGACGAAGGCCUAAUCAGCACCAACUAUGAUGGGGAUAUGUACGAUAAGUGGGGGUACCACCUUGAUCCAAGGACCCCAGGCGGGACAAGGGAGGAGGCUCUACGACGAGCCGAGGCAGGUGAACCACCCGCUCCUCCAGCCAUGUUUCGGAUGUGGCAGGAGAAAAAGGUCCGCAGUGAUAUCAGGGUUGAAGAGGUAGGAGAGAACGAAGAGGUGGAGCAAGAGAGGAAAGGCGACACUACUAAGGCAGAACCCAUCAUAGUAGAGUCUGAUGAUGAGAUAGAAGUAGAUUGCUGGAACAGGCCGCGACGUGCUGAGACAGGGGAAGAUUACUGGAGGACGGCCCGACAGACAAUGGAGAGAAUGGAGGACUUGAUAGAUAAAGUCGGGAGGUACCAACAAAAGUUAGCCGACAUGUGUGAAGAGGUCAAGGGGUGGAAAGGUAAAGAGCCGUCAGUAUAUCUCUACGAUCUCGGUCCAGAGUCGCAGGGGGGAUCUGGCAACUUACCAAAUGUCACAACCUCGGGGUCGGCGCCGCGAUCCGGAAUGACCUUCAGACCACCCUCCAGAACGGGGAGGGCGCCACAGGCUGUUAGGACAAGGGCUAAAGGGCCAGUGAGCCUAGAGGCGCCAGCUAAGGACAUUUCCGAGCCGAGUGGAGAAAAGAAAGUUGUGGACGUUCCGGAAGAAGAGGAUGACGAGGAUGACAGGUUGAGGAAAGACGAGAAUGAAAAGGCCGAGCAAAGGGCCAAGAAGAGAAGUGUCAAGCCGAACACAGAUAAGGCAAAAGAAGUAAAGAAGAAGAAAUACGCGGUUCGAGUGGAAGAGGGGUUUGACGUGGAAGAGAUAAUGGACAGGAUUAUCGAAGGUCAUAACCAUCUUAUGAACCUGAAGGACGCCCUGGCCUCAGCGCCUAGCCUCAGGGAUGAGCUAAGGGCACGACUAUCCAGCAAAGUGGUAGCCAGCGAUUUGUGCAAAGUCCUAGACUUGCUGAAGAAGCAUAACCUUACUGCAAGUGGAUCGAAGUCUAGGCACUGUAUGAGUGGGGUCACUAUCUUGGAAUUCGUGUGCGACGAGAAGGGUCGUCGGCCGGAUACUAAGAAGACCAACAAGAUCCUCGAGURGCCGACACCGUUCCAGACUAUCACGGAGGUGAGGAGCUUUCUGGGAACGUGUGGGUUUUGGAGGAUCUUCAUAAAGGGGUUUGCGACGAAGACGGAGCAGUUGCGAAAGCUUGUGCGGCAGGGUCAGGAUUGGGAAUGGGGUGACCGGCAAGAGUCUGUGAUAAGGGAGUUGAAGAAAGAGUUUGAGGAAGGAGGUCUAGUACUGGGAGUACCGGAUCAUUCGACGGUAAUGACUAGGCCUUUCAUCGUGGAGACUGACGCAGGGCCGACUGCGCUGGGAGGUAUGUUGAUCCAGCGAGAUCCUAACAGGGAGGAACGACCACUGAGGUUUGAUCGCCGGACACUCAAUACGUCUGAGAGAAACUACUCUCAGUUCAAGCGCGAGACCUUGACGGUUCUUCACUGCUUAAGAAUUUUCAGAAACUACCUCUUUGGCAGUAGGUUCGUGUUGAGGGUGGAUGCUACGGCGCUGGUCGACUCUCUCAAGAACUUCGCUCCUUCAUAUGCCACUAUCGCCAGAUGGCUAACAUACAUCUGGAUGUUUGACUUUGAGCUGGAGCGGAUUCCCGGGACCAAGAAUAGAGCAGACGAGUUGAGUCGCGUCAACUGGGACAAGAACAAUCAGGGAGUGAUCGAGGAUACUCCACCAGUCGACGGGUUUUUGGACAACGAGGAGGAUGUGAGACUUCACAUCAACUCCUGGGCAUUGGCCGUGGGUAAGUACGUUACUCCUGGGCAACCUGUGUGGCUUACGCCUCCGGGGCAUGAAGAGAUGAUCAGAAAUACAGUACUAGACCAGGAAGAGGAGGUAGACCCGGGAGGAGGUGACAAUGUGAUCCACGAGAGGGAAGAUGAUGGUUUUGAGGAAGGUGAGAUUAAAGAAGCCUUCCGAGCAGCGGAAUAUGAGGGAGUAUACCUUGAGCUCGGAAUGCUGCUGUCAUGUGAGAUGAGGGAAAGGGAUGCCUGCGCACGAGUUUUGAAGAUGAGGCCAAGUUUUCUGGUAAGGGACGGCCAUCUGUUCAUGAGGAGCAAAGGAAGGGACCCCAGAAGAGUGGUUUGCGGCCUCGCUCGUCAGAUUGACAUUAUGGCGGCACUGCACGACGGUACGGCAGGGGGUCACAGGUGCGCGGAUACGACGUAUUUGAAGAUACACGAGCUGUACUAUUGGGAUGGCAUAGGGCAGAUGAUCGACGACUAUUGUAAGUCUUGUGUACCAUGCCAGGAGCGGUCUGCUCUUAGACCUAGAGAGCCGUUGCACCCAAGGCAAGACCGUGAGUUGGACACCCUGAAGAAGGAGCUGGGAAAGCAAAGCCAGGAAAUGGAAGCAGCAAAGGCAGAGAUGGCCAAACUUUGGGCAGACAACGAGGCCAUCAGAGAGGUCAACCAGACCCUCAACAAGGUCAACGACACUCUGAGGACCUACUUGCAGGUACAACAUAAUGUUUUUCAAGCGAAGGAAGCUAAGUGGGAAAAGAGGAUAGAGAACCUUGAGGCCAAGUGUGCACAGCUGGCGCCGACUACAGUGGUGGACUGGACUGAGGUCCAGGGGUUCGAGAUGAAGAGGCCGCCUGCAGAAGACACCUUCAGGAGCCAGAAAGUGGAGGAGGGGGCUGAUCUACAGGAAGGAGAGGAUGUACCUCUGCUGGACAAGGAGAUGCUGCAACCUGAGGAAGUGAGCGCAAAGGACGAGGCAAAGGGUGGAGAAUCUGAGUGGCAGAUGCCCUCUAUCGUAGCACUCCACCGGUUUCGUGAGGGACUUGGUGCGGCACAACAGGCAGAGACUGCAAGGGAUGAGAGGAUGUUGCUUAUCGCCCAGGAGGUUGCUGAGGAGCAGGUGGCUCAGAGGGUUGAGGAGGAGAUUGAGCAGGGAGCAGGUCAGGGGAUCUGCCAGGAGUCUAUUAUACCGCAGGAUAUGCCUAUGGUUGCAGACUUAGAGGAGGCAUUGGGCUCAUGGGCCACUAGAUCUGGGUCGGAGGCACCGGCGAGCGGUCCAGUGAUACAGGAAGGAAAUAGAGCUGCCUGCCCCGUUCCAUCAGAGACCCCUCAACAGGAGGUCACGAGCGAGAUCACGACAGUCCCCUCAUCGGUGCCCUCGCAGAGCGAAGGCAAGAUGUCCCAGAAGAAGCCUGGCAAGUGCUUCUACUGCAAGAGGGGCAAGCAUAGGGCUGAUGACUGUUCCAAGAGCCUCAAAGAUGAGUUAGAUGGCUUGGUCACAAGGGAGGCAUCUGGGAGGUGGAGAGAUAGGGAUGGGAACUUAGUUCCUAAGACUCAUGAUGGGGUGAGGACGCAGUUGUACAGGCAGCUGCUGAUAGAGAUGAGCGAUCAGGAGUAGGAUCUUCUAAUAAGGUCCAGAAAGGUCUAAGUCUAGGGUAUAUGCGAGACGUCUCUGACUCACCGACUGAUGGUUACUUGUAUAUAGAGGGAUACUUGGAGGAUUCGAUCAGACCCAUGUACAUCAGUGAGCAGGGUCAGUAAUGAGGUGUUAUAUCGCAUUAUAGACUUGAGGACCCUCUUUGUACAUAAGAUAAAAUUGAGUAUAAGUUGACUGCUUUUUCUUUUGCCAACGUGACGCAGAGUGUUAAUACCCUUGUUAAAUAACCCCCGUGCAUGUGGAGCGACUGUCGAGUCUUGGAUACUUCGACGCUUGGGUACCAUAACUUUUGUUGGAUACCUGUACUUUUUGUAUAAUAACCUUGAUUUUUGUAAUGAGGACAUGAGCCUUUGUUCAUUGCAAGGCCCUAUGUCCUGAGUGUAUACGUGAGUCUCAACCUUUGUCACAGUGUCGUGUGUGGUGUGUCACACUCACUCUCGGUUUGUGAACUUACCCAUAUGGAUGAUGAUAUGAUGAAAUGAAUGUUGCGAGAUUGA